UCCUAAUAUAGAGCACGCGCCGCUGGCUAGCAGCACAGCGCAGAGACUGGAGCCCCGGAGCCCCGCCAAGUGUCAGAGUCAACCUGCCCCCGCCGUUCCGGCCCCGCAGUGCUCUCGCCGCAGCCGCCGAGCAGCUGUCUAGAGCCCCAGCCUCGCCACCAUGGGAAUCCUGCUGGCUUGCGUGCUCCUCUGGACUCUGGUCGUGAGCGACUCCGAAGGCAGCCAUGAACUUCAUCCAGCGUCCAGUGCAUCGAACUGUGGCUGUCUGAAUGGAGGAACAUGUGUGUCCUACAAGUUCUUCUCCAACAUUCAGCGAUGCAACUGCCCAAAGAAAUUCCAAGGGGAACAUUGUGAGAUAGAUACAUCAAAAACCUGCUAUGAAGGGAAUGGUCACUCUUACCGAGGGAAGGCCAAAACUGACAUCAUGGGCCGGCCCUGCCUGGAGUGGAACUCUGCCACUGUCCUUCUGAAAACGUACCAUGCACACAGACCUGAUGCCCUUCAGCUGGGCCUGGGGAAACACAAUUACUGCAGGAACCCAGACAAUCAGAGAAGGCCCUGGUGCUAUGUGCAGGUUGGCCUAAAGCAGCUUGUCCAAGAGUGCAUGGUGCACGACUGCUCUUUUGGAAAAAGUCCCUCCUCUCCUCCGGAAAAAGCAGAGUUCCAGUGUGGCCAGAAGGCUCUGAGGCCCCGCUUUAAGAUUAUUGGGGGAGAAUUCACCACCACUGAGAACCAGCCGUGGUUUGCAGCCAUCUAUAGGAGGCACCGUGGAGGCUCUGUCACCUAUGUGUGCGGUGGCAGCCUCAUCAGUCCUUGCUGGGUGCUCAGCGCCACACACUGCUUCAUUAAUUACCCGAAGAAGGAGGACUACAUUGUCUACCUGGGUCGGUCAAGGCUUAGCUCCACUUCGCCCGGGGAGAUGAAGUUUGAGGUGGAAAAGCUCAUCUUGCAUGAGGACUAUAGUGCUGACACACUCGCCCACCACAACGAUAUUGCCUUGCUGAAGAUCAGUUCCAGCACAGGCCAGUGUGCACAGCCGUCCCGGUCCAUACAGACCAUCUGCCUGCCCCCAAUGUAUGGUGAUGCCCGUUUUGGCACAAGCUGUGAGAUCACUGGCUUUGGAAAACAGAAUUCCACUGACUAUCUCUAUCCAGAGCAGCUGAAAAUGACUGUUGUGAAGCUGGUUUCCCACCAGGAAUGUCAGCAGCCCCACUACUAUGGCUCUGAAGUCACCACCAAAAUGCUGUGUGCUGCUGACCCGCAGUGGGAAACAGAUUCCUGCCAGGGAGACUCUGGGGGCCCCCUGGUCUGCUCCGUCCAAGGCCGCCUGACUCUGACUGGGAUUGUGAGCUGGGGCCGUGGAUGUGCCAUGAAGGACAAGCCAGGCGUCUACACGAGGGUCUCACGCUUCCUGCCCUGGAUCCGCACUCACACUGGGGAAGAGAAUGGCCUAGCCCUCUGAGAGGACCUGGGGAGCCAAGGGAGGAGAAGGGCACCACCCUCCCAUGCUAACUGUGAUUUUUGCAGUAGGGCCACCUGCACCAGCUAUACAGGGAGAGACUGAGGAACAUAGGCUCUGCAAAGAUGGUUUUACUUGUGCUGCCCAUGAGGAUGAGCGACAAUAGCUUUACCCUCGGAUAAGCCUAGGUGCUGGGUGCCUAGCUCCCCCCGGCCAGGAUGGAGGGAUGGUCCUGACCCAGGAUGGUAUUGACCAGUAGUUUGUCUUUUUCUGGAUUAAAGCCUCCUGGAGUUAAAAGUGGCAUCUUCUGUGUAUGGAUGGAAGGAGACCUAGCUCCCCCAACAGUGGGCAUUCAUGAGGUACACUGUUGGGAAAUGAAUAAUUUCCAAAUUAGGAAGUGUAACAAAACUGAGGUCUCUUGAGGGAGCUUGGCUGGUGUGGGAACAGUGGUUUAGGGAGUAGAGACACUAAUGACUUGAGAGAAGGGCUCUGGCAUUCCAUGAAUGUAUCAGGUAAUAUUAUAUGUGUGUGUGUAUGUUUGCACAUGUGUGCAUGGACUGUGAGUAUCAGUGUGAGCCAAUGUAUUCCUGUGUCUGACUGCAAGUCUAGAUAUUUCCCUAAACUAUAUGAACUAUGAUGCCACAUAGAACAGUCUGUCUGGAGAGGUCAUGGGUCAUUCCUGGGGCUUCUUGGGUCCCCUACCUGAUGAUGCCUAUGAAUGUGUCAUUCUGGGUUGUGGCCUGUGACCAGCAGUAGAUGUCUCCAUUUCACUUUCACACAGAUGUCCCUUUCUUGGCCAGUUAUGCCCUCUGACCUUCUAGCGGAGUUCGUCCAGUCCUCACUGAAUGGGGUGAGGACCACUCCUGUACACUGAAUAUUUAAUAAUUAUAUUCUGCUGUUUUUAUUUAUAUCUAUUUUUGUAAUUUUGAAUAAAGACGAUCAAUAAAAUGUGA